AUUAAAGGCACCAUGACUUGGUCCUUUUGUGGCAAGUAUAACAAAGAACCCAACUUGUGAACCUAAAUUGCUUUGAAAGAGAAGUUCUUUUCUCUGUUUCACUUAAAAUAAGAUAGCACAAAAAAAAAAAAAAAAAAAAAAACUGUCUUUCUCUUUCAAUCUUAAUUUCUCUGCUCACCAUCAAGGCAAGUUUCCUUCUUUUGCUCCUCUAACAAUUUCCAUUUUUACAAAAACAAAUAUCUUAUUUCCAAAAGUUUCACACAUUUAGGUUUUUCUCAAUCGUUAUAUAUGGUAACCAAGUCUUAUUCCAUUCCUCUGUAAUUCACACAAAUUCCUUGCCAAAAUAAGGUUUUUUUUUUUUUUUUUUUUAAUGUGAUGUGAGAAUUUGGGUGAAGAGAAAGAUGAAGACUAUUAGUGGAUUAGGUAUUGGUUUGAGUUUAGUGUUUCUUCUACUAGCACUUGUUGCAGAAGUCUAUUACCUUCUGAGAUGGAAGAAGCACAAGAAGAGAGUCACAAGCCAAGAGAGUGAAGAAGAGAAAGAAGAAGAACAACCAAACGGAUACGCUAAAGAACUUAUCCAGCUCUUCUGCUUCAAAAAGCCUCAAUCUUUGCAGCAAAACAAUGGAGGAAGAGAAGGUGAAAUCUCAAUGAAUCAAGAUGUGAAUCCAGAUUUGGAACUUGGGUUGAUGAAACACUUGAAUGGAGGAGAUCUAGGGUUUGAAGCAGAGCUUAUGAAGCUUCAUAACCAGAGGUUUCUAUUCACAAUCAUGGAAGAGACAAAAGCAGAUUUGGAAUCUGAUGAUGGCAGCAAAUCAAGAUUAGGUUCAAGAUCAAGAAGAAGAAGCUUGAGUGAUGUUCCUAAUGACUGUAAUACCCCUGGAUUCACUCCAUUGGCUUCUCCUACUACACUAAAGUCAUCUCCUUUGGAGUCUUAUCCACACCAUGGAUUCAAUCCUCUGUUUGAGUCAGACGGUGAGCUUGAGUUUAACAAGUUUUUCAGGUCGUCUUCUUCACCUCCACCAAAGUUUAAGUUCAUGAGAGAUGCUGAAGAGAAGCUAAGGAAGAGAAUGAUUGAAGAAGCCAGAAGAAGAGAAGGGUUAGCUUCGGUUGUAACACAAGGUUCGUUUUUGAAGUUCAUGAAUCCUGCAAUGAACAGAGAGAAGAAACAGAGUAUUCAAGAAUCUGAUGAAACGGUGUCGUUUUCUCCUUCUUCUUCAUCAGGUACAACAAAUCUUAGAACGUUAGUGGUUGUUUAGUUUUAGCAUCUCUAGCUCUACUUUUUUAAUUUUUAAUUUUUGGUUGAAAUUUUUUUCAAGAAUUUCAAUUUUAUUUGUGUGAAAAUUCUAUCUUUCCUUUCUCUCGUUCUUGUUUUUUGGGAAUGAUUUUCUUCUGUACGUAUCAAUCUGAAAAAUUUGCAGAUGCUUGUUUUAAUUUCGUCUAAGAAUAAUUAUAAGCUAAUAGAAUUA